AUGAAAAUCUCCGAGAACUUCUAUUAUUUUUCAUCGUCGGAGCGGAAUGCUCAAAGCAUUGGUAUUAUUCUUCUUGGUAAAUCAGGUGUUGGUAAAUCAUUUCUUGCAAAUAUAUUACUUAAUCAUGAUGAUUUUGUGGAUAAAAUUAGUGUGUCCAGUGUUACUCAUAGGACAGAGUCGAGAGAAUUCGAGUAUCUCGGACAAACUUAUGUUAUAUUUGAUGUGCCAGGACUUAUUGAAAACGAUCAAGACGCUAUACAGAAAAACAAAGCAGAAAUUCAAAAAGCUUUUGAACAACAUCCUUUUUCUGUUGUUGCUUUUGUAUUGAAUGUUGCAGGUACAGGACGCUUAGAUACUCAAGAUAUGGUUGUUUUCAAUGUUCUGAAUGAUGCCUAUCAGUUUAAAACGGUAAUUAUCGGAGAAAAUCGAGAAGAUAAACAACGAAACGUUAUUGGUUAUAAUUGUAUUUAUCGUUAUGAUAUUACAACUGGAUGUUGGCAAAGAUUUCCUGCAGAAUAUUCAAAUCUUGUAUUUAAUCGUGUUCGAGUUUCAAACUAUCAGGAACAACUUGUAACUGUCAUUAAACCAUUACAUGAACAAUUUUCUGAUUUAGAACAACUUUCAAAUCAAAAUAAACUAACAUUACCAUCUAUUUCAAAAGAAGAACGUAUUCCAGAAGAUAUUGUUGAUUACGGUUCACGUUCAGAAUUAAAUAGUUUAGCUCCACCACCAGUUGCAUCACGUCGAAGUCGACAAAAUAGUACAUGCAGCGUUCGAUAUGCUUCAUUUGUUCCACUAGCAGCAGCACCUGUUCGUCGACGUUGUGUUAUCGAAUCAAUUCUCUUACAUGUUCAACGAAAAAAAAAUACAUUUGAAAAAAUCAUUGAUAUUAUUAAACGAAGAGAAGCAAUAACAAUGUUUGAUUUAGGACUAAGAUUUUUACGUGUAUAUGAUAGUAGAUUUAAUUAUCGGGAAGGACAUGAAUUCGUAAUGUCGUAUCGAAAGAAAACUUGGUUUUUAACAAUUGUUAAGAUUACAUAUGUUGAUUGUGAAGUAGGUAAUAUUGAACCACGAUCAUUAUUGAUACUUAAUUAUAAAGGUCAAUAUACAAGUGUACAUAUUUAA